AUGGGUUUCUUCAGAAAUGCAAAGCUUCCACUUGGGAUCUUAUUGUACAACACCAGGCUGAGUACUUGUAAUGGGCAUGCAUACUCUAGUUGGGCAGCUAAAGGAGCCUCCUUUGCUCAAUCCGCAGAUGUCAAAGCCUCAAAAACUGCUUGUUUGUACUGGCUUUCAAGAAGAUUCAGCUCUCAGGCACCUUCUUCUGCUGAGCAAAUGGGCCUUAUCAAGCAACUCAGGGAAAGAACUAGUGCCCCCAUAAAGGAUGUCAAGGCUUCUCUUGUUGAUUGCAAUUGGGAUAUUGAGGCUGCACAGAAAGAUUUGAGGAAAAGAGGAAAGGUUUUGGCCAUGAAAAAGUCGUCCAGGACUGCUGCCGAGGGCGUGCUUGCUCUGGCUCAAAAUGAGGGCAAGGCAGCUAUAAUUGAACUUAAUUGCGAGACUGAUUUCGUUGCAAGGAAUGAAAUUUUUGAGUAUUUGGCUUUGGCUUUGGCAAAGCAAGCUUUGUUGGUUGAGAAUUCUUCCCAGCAGGCUCCUGGGGUUUUUUCGUUUGGCCCUGAGUGUUUAGAGGACUUCAAAUUAAAUCUUGAACAUCCAAAAGUUAGUGGGGAGACAACCGUUCAAAAUGCAGUUACAGAAGUGGCUGCAAUGAUGGGAGAGAAUGUAAAACUCAGGAGGGCUUUUGUGAUGUCAACAUCUUCACAUGGUGUUGUUUCUGCUUACCUCCAUAGAAGUUCUCAACCAGGCUUGGGUCGAAUUGCUGGAAUUUUAUCUCUUGAAGUAGAGAAUGGGAAUUCUCAUUUGGAUGCCCUCCAGAAGGUUGGCUCAGAGCUAGCAAUGCAUAUUGUGGCAACAAAGCCAUUAUUCUUGACGAAGGAAUUUGUGACUUCUGAUGCACUGAACAAUGAACGUGAGAUUCUAAGGUCUCAGGCUGAAAGUACUGGAAAGCCUCAGAUGGCCAUAGAGAAAAUGGUUGAAGGUCGUCUCCGUAAAUACUUUGAGGAGGUUGUUCUCAUGGAGCAAAAGUAUUUCUUAAAUGACUCUCUAAGUAUAAAGACAAUUUUGGAUAAUCUAUCAAAGGAAGUGGGCUCACCUCUGAAGAUUGGGAACUUUUGCAGAAUGGAAGUUGGAGAAGGAAUUCAAAGGCUAGAAGCGUCGAAUGCAGAUGAACCUGUUGCUCAGGCUGUUUAGUUAAAGACGUAGUUCCAUAAUUUCAUAUGUGAACUGAGGGCAGAGGAAUUAACCUUGAAGCAGUCAUCAUAGAGUUGAGAAUCCUAUUUUACUUUUCUCCUGAUUUUGAAGAUCUCAGUAUGCCUUCCUCCGUUCAGAAAUGUUUGUUGCUGUAAUGAAUAUGAAGGCCUUUUCCUUUACUUAGAUAUGCUUGAAAAGCUUUACUAUUAAUCUAUUAUUUUCUCGAUGACAUCAAAUGCUCCUUUCUUUUUCUUUUUGUCGCUUCCAAAUUUUCAUGAUUUGACUGUAUAAUUACCUCUUUUACUCCAAACAAUAGCAGAAUAAUUAGGGCUUUCCUAUCUUCAGUAUCCAAAUAGGAAACAAUGAUGUUCUCUUCUUCAUAGUGAACGCAUCCCUAUGCAAA